AUGACCUUAGCAGCCGGCUUCUUUGGUUCUCUGCAAAAGUUGCUAGAUUUGGAUGUUGCUGACAAAUAUGUAUGGGCACAAGCGUUUGCCGGUCUGCAGACUAGUAUUAAUGGGGAAAUUAGAAACAUGUUUUUGGGUGGAAGAUUUACAGUUUUGAAGGAGCUAGAAGCGUUUGAUACAAGUGUCAAGAAAUUGCAUCCCAUGAUCCAAGAUGGGGUUGACCCCGUUGAAGCGGACGCAUUCCAGAAUUCUGUUUUAGAUUUGGCAAUGAGAGGGGAGAAACUUCCACAAGGACUGUUGAAUAAACCCCCCAAGCUGGAGGCACAACAAGGACUAGAUCUUCUUACAAAGGAAGUGGAUAGCUUUUUCCUAAUAGUUUUAACUGGGCGUGAUGCUCUGCUUUCUAACUUAAGAUUAACUGGUACUGACUCUAACACAAAGCUGGGGGGCAAUGUAUUAGAACGAGUUCUGAGUCGAUGAAGUUGGAACUAAACUCUUCACGGCAUUUAGAUGGGCUUAGGUGUGGGGUUUUCUAUUUU